AAAAAAAACCCCGUGGCCGCUCCGCCCGCGCACCGCGACGGGCUGGACUAUACCCAUACUGCUCCCCCAUGAGCCUCGCCGUCGCCGCCGCCGCCGCCGUGCCGGGCGUGGCGCCGCCUACCCGCGUCGCGCACCCGCGGUGCGCCCGCCUCCCCCGCCGCGGCGGCCUCCCCGCGCGCGCGGCCUCGGCCUCCGCUGGCUCGCGCUCCUCCUCGUCGUCGGCGGCGUCCGCGGCGGCGGCGCCCGUCUACGCGCCCACGCCGCAGGAUCGGCCGCUCCGGACGCCGCACAGCGGGUACCACUUUGAUGGCACCUCCAGGCCUUUCUUUGAAGGAUGGUACUUCAAGGUGUCCAUACCUGAGAUCAGGCAAAGCUUUGGCUUCAUGUACUCUGUUGAGAACCCGCUGUUCCGUGAUGGGAUGAGUGAUCUCGACAAGUUGGUACACGGCCCACGCUUUACCGGGGUGGGAGCACAAAUCCUUGGCGCAGAUGAUAAGUACAUAUUUCAGUUCUCUGAGAAAUCAAACAACUUUUGGGGAAGUAGGCAUGAACUAGCGCUGGGAAACACUUUCAUUCCCAAUAAAGACUCAAUUCCCCCACAAGGGGAGGUCCCCCCUCAGGAGUUCUCUAAGCGUGUUUUGGAAGGGUUCCAAGUCACUCCAAUCUGGCAUCAGGGUUUCAUACGUGAUAAUGGAAGGUCAAAGUAUGUGCCAAAUGUCCAAACAGCUCGUUGGGAGUACAGCACUCGUCCAGUUUAUGGAUGGGGUGAUGUCAAUUCUAAGCAGUUAUCUACAGCUGGUUGGCUUGCAGCUUUUCCUUUCUUUGAACCUCAUUGGCAAAUAUGCAUGGCUGGUGGCUUGUCCACAGGAUGGAUAGAAUGGGAUGGAGAACGGUUUGAAUUUGAAAAUGCUCCAUCCUACUCGGAAAAGAACUGGGGUGGAGCUUUCCCAAGAAAGUGGUAUUGGAUCCAGUGCAACGUUUUCUCAGGCGCUUCUGGUGAAGUUUCUUUAACUGCUGCUGGUGGAUUGAGGAAAAUUGGACUUGGUGAUACCUACGAGAGUCCUUCACUGAUUGGAAUACACUGUGAUGGAAAUUUUUUUGAAUUCGUACCUUGGACUGGGACAGUAAGCUGGGACAUCGCACUGUGGGGCUGCUGGAAGAUGUCUGGCGAGAACAAAACUCAUCUGGUAGAAAUAGAAGCAACCACUACAGAACCAGGCAGUACAUUGCGAGCUCCUACUACGGAGGCUGGACUGGCGCCAGCAUGCAAAGACACCUUCUAUGGAGAUCUCAGGCUACAAUUGUGGGAAAAGAAAUAUGAUGGUGGCAAGGGAAAGUUGAUACUCGACGCCACAAGCAACAUGGCUGCCCUGGAGAUCGGUGGUGGCCCCUGGUUCAACGGGUGGAAAGGGACAACUGUUGUGAACGAGGUUGUAAAUAACGUUGUGGGCACCCCAAUCGAUGUGGAGAGUCUCUUCCCCGUCCCAUUUCUGAAGCCCCCAGGCCUGUAGGAUGAGCCAGGAAUCUAAGGAAUGCUCUGCUGAAGGAAGAGUAUCCUUGUACGAUUAAAACUUGUCCAGUUCAAUAAUAAUUCAUUACUUCGCCUUCUUUACA